CAUCAGCUGCUCCUUCUGCUUCUGAAACUCCUCCAGACCAGCCAGCCUGGCCGCUUAAAGGUGGAGAGAGUGAAAAAUUAAACCUGAAACGGUGACACUCACUGAGCUCCAACCAGACCACAGCCAUGAGCAACGACAAGCAGAGCAAGCAGGUGGCGGAGUGUCCCGGACUUCUGUCCCCGUCCAAAGGCCAGAAAGUCCCGAGGAUGCCCAAGUGCUCCCGCUGUAGAAACCACGGCUAUGUGUCUCCUCUGAAGGGGCACAAGCGUUUUUGCAACUGGAGGGACUGCCAGUGUCCCAAAUGUAAACUGAUAGCUGAGAGACAGAGAGUCAUGGCGGCCCAGGUCGCCCUUAGACGGCAGCAGGCUCAGGAAGUGGAGCUUGGGAUUUGUAGUCCGGUGGCUCUGACCGGCCCUGAGGUGAUGGUGAAGAAUGAAGCUGGAGCCGACUGCUUGUUCUCUGUGGAGAGACGAUCCCCGACACCCACCAGUACCUCCACUGCUUCUCUUGCUGCCACAGGGAGUCGCUCGGCACUGUCCCCCAGCCCGUCAGCCGGUGCCCGGGCUCAUACUGAUGGCCCGUCUGAUCUGCUGCUGGAAACUUCCUAUUACAACUUCUACCAGCCCUCCCGCUACCCCGCCUACUACGGCAACCUUUACAACUACCAGCAAUACCAGCAGAUGCCUCAUGAUGGUCGCCUGUCUAACCACAACGUGCCCUCUCAGUACCGCGUGCAUUCCUACUACCCAGCAGCCACCUACCUGACUCAGGGCCUGGGCACCAGCGCCUGUGUGCCGCCCCUCUUCAGCCUGGAUGACAACAACAACUGCUCUGAGACCAUGGCAGCCUCCUUCUCACCCAGCAGCAUGACUGCGGGUCACGACUCCACCCUGACCUGCAGGUCCAUCAGCUCCCUGGUUAACUCGGAUGUCAGCGCUGAAUGCGCGGCCGGCAGCGUGACACCAAACUUCACUGUCAACUCCAUCAUCGAGGGCUACACCUCCAAAUAAAAAAAGCUAAGGAGAACUCAACACAACAACAUAGCAAACGCUGUUACUGCAGA